GUUCAGGAUUGAUCUCAGAUAAUGAGUCGGAUCGGACCUUUAUCAAUCCAUUUUUUUCUAUUUAUUCGAAGGCAAAAAUUCAACAAUCACUUAGACAAAAUCACGGAACUAUUCGUAUGUUGUUGAAUAGAAAUGAGAAAUGUCGAUCUUUGAUAAUUUUGUCAUCAUCUAAUUGUUUUCAAAUAGGACCAUUCAACGAUAGAAAAUAUUACAAUGGGAUAAAAGAAGGAAUUCAAAAAAUUCAAAUAGAUUCCAUAAUUCCAAUUAAGAAUUUGUUUGGUCCUUUAGGAAUAGCCCUUCAAGUUGCAAAUUAUUAUUCAUUUUUUCGUUUAAUAACUCAUAAUCAGAUCUUAAUGAAUAAUAAUUUGCAACUUGACAAAUUAAAGGAAACUCUUCAAGUAUUCAAAUAUUAUUUAAUGGACGAAAAUGAGAGAAUUUAUAAACCUGAUAGAUGCAGUAAUAUCGUUUUAAAUCCAUUCUAUUUGAAUUGGCAUUUUAUCCAUCACAAUUAUUAUGAAAAAACGUUUCCAAUAAUAAGUCUUGGGCAAUUUAUUUGUGAAAAUGUAUGUAUAGUGCAAACGAAAAAUGCACCACACUUAAAAUCGGGUCAAGUUCUAACUAUUCAAAUGGAUUCUGUAGGAAUAAGAUCGGCUAACCCUUAUUUGGCAACUCCAGGAGCAACUGUUCAUGGACAUUAUGGAGAAAUACUUUAUGAAGGAGAUAUAUUAGUUACAUUUAUAUAUGAAAAAUCGAGAUCUGGUGAUAUAACACAAGGUCUUCCAAAAGUAGAACAGGUAUUAGAAGUGCGUUCAAUUGAUUCAAUAUCGAUGAAGCUAGAAAAGAGAGUUGACACUUGGAACGGAUAUAUAACAAGAAUUCUCGGCAUUCCUUGGGGAUUCUUGAUCGGUGCCGAGUUAACUAUAGCGCAAAGUCGUAUUUCUUUGGUUAAUAAAAUUCAAAAAGUUUAUCGAUCCCAGGGAGUUCACAUCCAUAAUAGACAUAUAGAAAUUAUUGUGCGUCAAAUAACAUCAAAAGUCUUGGUUUCAGAAAAUGGAAUGUCUAAUGUUUUUUCACCCGGCGAACUAAUUGGAUUGUUGCGAGCCGAACGAGCGGGCCGUGCCUUGGAAGAAGCAACUUGCUACCGAGCUCUAUUAUUGGGAAUAACAAAAACAUCUCUGAAUACUCAAAGUUUUAUAUCUGAAGCAAGUUUUCAAGAAACUGCUAGAGUUUUAGCAAAAGCCGCUCUCCGGGGUCGUAUAGAUUGGUUGAAAGGUCUGAAAGAGAACGUUGUUUUAGGGGGAAUGAUACCCGUUGGUACCGGAUUAAAAAGAAUAAUGCACCAGAUGAUGGAAGCAGGAGUUCAUUUUGGCCACGGUACUAGAAAAUGGAAUCCUAAAAUGGAACCUUAUAUAUCUGCAAAGCGUAAGGGUAUUCAUAUUACAAAUCUUACUAGAACUGCUCGGUUUUUAUCAGAAGCUUGUGAUUUAGUUUUUGACGCAGCAAGUAAGGGAAAACAAUUCUUAAUUGUUGGUACCAAAAAAAAAGCAGCUGAUUCAGUAGCGCGGGCGGCAAUAAGAGCUCGGUGUCAUUAUGUUAAUAAAAAAUGGCUCGGCGGUAUGUUAACGAAUUGGUAUACUACAGAAACGAGACUUCAUAAGUUCAGGGACUUGAGAAUGCAACAAAAGACGGGGAGACUCAACUGUUUUCCAAAAAGAGAUGCUGCUAUAUUGAAAAGACAAUUAUCUCAUUUGGAAACAUAUCUUGGUGGCAUUAAAUAUAUGACGGGGUUACCCGAUAUUGUAAUAAUCGUCGAUCAGCAAGAAGAAUAUACGGCUCUUCGAGAAUGUAUAACUUUGGAAAUUCCAACGAUUUGUUUAAUCGAUACAAAUUGUGACCCGGACCUCGCCGAUAUUUCGAUUCCAGCUAAUGAUGAUGCUAUAGCCUCAAUCCGAUUAAUUCUUAACAAAUUAAUAUUUGCAAUUUGUGAGGGUCGUUCUAGCUAUAUACGAAAUUUUUGAUUAAUAAUAAGAUAAAUGAAUUAUUUGAUUUGGUUGGGGAGAUUCAUAGAUUUAUGAAAUCGGUUAUUAUACUAUUACU